AACAAAACAACCAACCACAGACCACUAUAUUUAUCUUCAUUUAAUCAUUUUCUAAUUCAUCUGUCCUUGUACAAAUUUUUAACACAAAAAAAUACUGAAAACCACUGUCAAACGCAGACAAAAAAUGUGGUUAGUGUUCACUUCCUAGCACCUUCAAGUUCAAACCACUUCGGCAAGUCUUUGGUCUACAUUAUAGAUGCUUUGUCAACUACAUUGAAAUCUAACCAUAAAGAGGUACAAAAUCAAUCAUAGAGAGCCAUUUUUUCUGGAAAAGACAACAGCAACCCAGAAUAAAUCUUGAUUGAUACAUCUUACAUAAUCAAUCAGAAAGGAGGGAGAUAAUGGUAGAGCUAGCACAAGAUGAGCUGAAAAAUUUAGGUAAAGUAUGGUUAUCUAUUUUUGUGUCAUUCAGUUAUUCUUAUGUUAUUGGUAAGAUUACUCAAAAGGGAUUUACAAGAUUAGUAGCAAUACUUCCAGUGAUCUCAUUAUUUCUGAUUUUGCCACUAAAUCUUACUUCUAUUCAUUUUUGUGGUUUAACUGCUUUUUUCAUAUCUUGGUUAGCAAAUUUCAAGCUCUUACUUUUUGCAUUUGGUAAACCUCCACUUUGUUUUAAUCCUCCUAUUUCAUUCCCUCUUUUCCUACUUGUUGCUUGUUUACCCAUCAAAAUCCAACAUCACCCACCUCCCAAAAACUCACCAAAUCAAGAAAAUAACCAAAACCCAGAUCAAAAAUCACAGAAAAAUUCAUACCCACAUAAUAAAAACUCACAACUUCAACAAAAUAACCAAAACCCAGAUCAAAAACCACAAAAUAAAUCACACCCAUCUCCUCAAAAAUCACUUUGGAAUUACCUCAUCAAAUUCAUACUUUUAUCACUAAUCAUCAAAAUCUAUGAUUACAGUGAUCAAAUACACCCUAAAAUCUUAUGGCUAAUCUAUUUCUUCCAUAUUUACUUUGCAUUAGAAAUAGUCUUAGCAAUUCUUGCAAAAUCAGCAAACUUUUUUUUAGGAUUAGAAUUAGAACCUCAAUUUAAUGAACCACUUUUAUCAACUUCUCUCCAAGAUUUCUGGGGUAAAAGAUGGAAUCUCAUGGUAACAAGCAUACUCAGGCCAACUGUAUACCUACCCACACUAGAUCUUUUCAACAAAAUCGUCGGCCGUAAAACGGCGUCGUUGCUUGCAAUAAUUGCAACAUUUAUAGUUUCAGCAAUUAUGCACGAGCUAAUAUUCUACUAUAUUGGGCGAGAAUUUCCUACUUUUGAGGUGACGUGGUUCUUUCUCCUCCAUGGAUUUUGCCUAUGUGUUGAGAUCUCAAUUAAGAAGUAUGGAAGAGAGAGAAAAUGGUGGGUCCCACCAAGGUGGUUAUCGGGUUUUGCAACGGCGUCGUUUGUGAUAGUUACUGGGUUUUGGUUGUUCUUGCCGCCAUUGUUGAAAGCUGGGUUGGAUUCUAGAGGACUUGGGGAGUACGCGGUUGCUGGCGCGUUUGUUAAACGUGUUUUAGAUCUUUAAUGGCGGCACAUUGUUUGGGUUUAGAGGUUUUGUAAUUGGUGGAAUUUGUUUAAAUUAUUUUAGUUGUAGUGGUAAUUUUUAAUUUUGUUUUUAUUAAUGAACUAAUGUAAAUAAUAACCUUGGGAUGAUUUUCCCAAGAGAUUUUUGACUAAUUCGUUUCCUCCGAGGAAUAUAAAAGUUAUUUUUUUU